UAAGAGUGUCAGCGGUAUUGGCGCAUGCACUGCCAGUGUCUUUGCCCACCAUGUAGCCACAGUAGUUGUUGCUGGCAUCCAGAAACAAUUAGGCCACACAGUCUGUGGUCAAUCGGCCCAUCAAACUCCAUUUUCGUCCACUGCAACGUCACCAAUGAGUCACAAAUCCAACAUGCUGUGGACAAAGCUGUUGCCACCUAUGGCAAACUAGAUAUCAUAUUCAAUAACGCUGGCAUUUUGGGCGAGAUGAAGCCACGCAUAAUUGAUAACGAAAAAUUCGAUUUUGAGCGUGUCCUUAGUGUGAACGUGACAGGGGUCUUCCUUGGCAUCAAGCACGCAGCUCGGAUCAUGGUGCCUGCCUGCUCAAAGCGGCUGCAUAAUCUCCACUGCCAGCAUAGCUUCAACUAUAGAGUUAACUGCAUAUCUCCCUAUGGAGUCGCGACGCCUUUGACUACCACUGUUCUUGGAAUUAAGCACGAGGAGAUCGAGAAGAUGAUGUAUUCGAUUGCCAAUCUUAAGGGUGUGACCCUUAAGGCAGAAGAUAUUGCAAAUGCUGCCCUUUAUUUGGCGAGCGAUGAGGGAAGGUACGUCAGUGGGCACAAUCUCUUGAUAGAUGGUGGGCGAACCCACGUUGGUGUAAGGUUUGGUACAGACCCAUUCUUGGGAAAGUACAAAAUUUAGCAGUAGAAGUUUUUUUGGUUAAAACCUCAUUUUGGUCCCUAAAUUAAAAAAAUUCUUGAUUU